GCAUUGUCAAUCCAUUCCUUUUCACACCACCUACUACCCAACACACACAGCCGCCCAAGCUGAUGGCUUGUGUCAGCUUGCAUCAUCAUGUAUCGCAGCGAGAAGCCCCGUCAAUCGCUGCUCAGCCAAUUCAAAACGCGACACCGGUCGUCCUCACCCACUGCGCACCGAAUCGUCUCUCCAACCCCUCCUCCUCUAUCACAAGAGAUGCAAGCGUCAGAAGUCGAAAAGGAUCCGAUAUAUGGGGACCCUGUCAGCUCAAGCGAUGAGCGACCCUCAUCGCCGGCACGACCCCCGCCCUCGCUGCCAACUGCUCAAAACCGAGGCCCUAUAUAUCCCCAGAGACGGGCGACAUAUACUACCAUUAGGAAGGAGGGUCAGGACGAAAGCGCAAAAGAAAUUAAGGCGAAAGAAUACCCUAAGAAAGGAUCACAAGGUUCACCGAGGAAGAGGUCCGCAGAACUCGGUGCGGACGACAAUGAUACCGUGGAUGAGUUCGGGAUGCCAGAAGUUCGGAAAGGGCCUAGGAGGGCCACGGGAUCGCAGGGCUCGACAGGAAAGAUGUCUGGAGUAAUCAAACCAGAGGACGAUAGUUCCUUGGAUGACUUUGGCGAAAUGGGUAGUCAGAGGGCAAGAAAGAGGGUUAUGUCAAGUUAUGGAAAGAAUAUAGGGCCGGCUAUGAACAUCCACCACAAGUCUAGGGCUAAGGGUAAGGGACUAGGCAAGCCUGGCUUCAAGAAUACUUCCGCACUAUCUGCACCGUCUCCUAAAACUAAGAAAGAGGGUUUCAAAAAUCCUAAGGUUGACCUGAUGAACCCAAAAAGAGAUACGAAAAAGGAUGAAUGGAUAAGGCCUGAAAUGCCCAAACUCAGCAGUGUCAGGACUCGACCUCCCGCACCGGGAUACAAGAACCCGUCAGAACCCAUCGUUCCCGCAAUACCAAAGAUGGCAUUCCGGAUGCCCGAAACAAUGCCCGCUGUACUCUUCAAGACCACACAAGCCGCGCACGACUUACAAGCAUCACUUCAACGUUCUAACUCGAGCUCCCCCCUCAGCUCGCCCAAUUCCUCAAUACUAGAAAUGUCCUCUCAAGCUCAAUCCGACCUCUUCAAAGCUGACAGUCCACCGCUCGAAUCUUCCCCAGAACCUAUUGGCUCCAUCUGCCCCAUGUGCCGCAAACCCGUCGACGGUGCCCACCUCUACACCUUCGCUGCGGAACACGGCAAAAACUUCAAGCUCAACGUCGGCAUGCAGCAGGUUUUCUGCCGGCAACAUAAGCAGAAAUCGGCCGAGGACGACUACGCCGCGCGCGGAUAUCCUAAGAUCGUGUGGCAUAAGCUAGAACAGCGCAUGGGGAAGCACGCGCCGCACCUGGAAGCCGUGCUCGAGGGCAAAGAGAAGUCAGCGUAUCGGGAUAAACUGGAGCAGAGCGUCCGGACGGGCAGUAACCGUAAUCUGCUCUCGGCGAUCAUGACGGACGAGUUCAAGCAAUCGACGACGGGGUAUUAUGGCGCGAGGGGCGCAAGAGUCAUGAUGGAGUACAUCACCAAAACGUUUGCACCGCAGAUCCGAAGGCUCGCGCCGACGGACAAGCUGAUAUCGUCCGGUGGCAUGUCGAAGUUCGUGCAGUCGGUGCUGCUACCUGAGCUAGUAAUCCGGCUUGUGAUAGAUGACAUGAAAGUCAAUGAGGAGCGGGCGAAAGAGAUCAUAGGAGAGAGUGGAGAGGUUGGAGAUCUAGUGCAUGAAGAAGACGACGAUGCUGUUAGGAGAGACGAACAUGGGAACAAGUACAUUGUUGUCCCCGAAAAUAUGGACUCGGAGGCAGAGUCUGAUGGAUAUGAUGAGGACGGUAAUUACGAUUGAUUUAGUGGCUUGUGCAUUGCAUAUUUGAGUAUAUCUGGCCAGUACGGUGUUUAGGGGUAGGUGGAUCAUGUGCUUUUCGGUCUUCUCUUCCUUCUAUCUGUUAGCAGCCUUCAUUGUCUGUUCUGUGGGCACUGCAUCGGACGAUUCGCCGUCGGGUGCAGAGUGGAAUGGUAGGGCAAGAUACGUCCGAGCGUGCAAUAUACCAGGUUGAGCUGGUUCGGACAGCGGACUGGCUACCGAUAAUAUAUCGUGUUAUUCUG